AGUGGUUGGUUUUUUGUUUUUUAAAAAAAACCCGUUAGUAGUGUUGUUGUGCUUCUCUGUGUGUGGUGAUAAAUAUUUCAGCUGUUGAAGUAACAAUGUCUUCAGCUGAGAGUUUUAUCAUUGAGUCAGUAACUGCUGCUCCUGAAGAAAUAUUCGGAUCCUCUGAAAGAACUGUCGUCCGGUCCGAGGAUGAGAUCGAUCGUCAGCACAGACUGCUGGAUAUCACCUGGAAACCCGAGAUAAAGUUACACAAAAUAGACCUCCCACAGCAACAUGUCUGUACAAUGGAGGAGGUUUUCACUGAGGAGGAGCUCUGUAAUCAGGAGAGGAAGUCCAUUCUGGUCCAGGAGGAACCACAACCUCCACGGAUUAAAGAGGAACAAGAGGAACCAGAAUCUCCAUGGAUUAAAGAGGAACAGGAGGAACCAGAAUCUCCAUGGAUUAAAGAGGAACAGGAGGAACCGGGACCACCACAGUUGAAAGAGGAACAGGAGGAACCAGAAACUCCACAGAUUAAAGAGGAGCAGGAGGAACCAGAACCUCCACAGAUUAAAGAGGAACAGGGGGAAUUCUGCAGCAUUCAUUAUGAAGAACAUCUUGUACUGAAGCAGGAGACUGAUUCCUUGAUGGAGACUCCUACAGAUGAGGAAAGUGAGCACAGUGAACCAGAACCAAACAGUAACAUGUUCCUCUCUUACAACUGUGAAUCCAAACAGCUGAAUACAAACAGGAGACACCACAGAGAAUCAUGUCACAGUAACAAUGUGGACAACUCUCUCAUGUCAGAGAGUUGGUGUGACACUGACACAGAUAAAAAGUCUAUAAUAUGUGAUGUCUGCGGAAAAGUUUUCAAGAAAAAGUCUGUAAUGAAGAGACAUUACAGACUCCACACAGAUGAGACACCUCAUCAUUGCAAGAACUGUUGUAAAAGUUUCACAAAGAGAAGUGAUUUGAUUUCGCAUAUCAGUAUUCACACGGGUGAGAAGCCAUAUCCUUGCAAGUCAUGUGGGAAAUGCUUCAGUCAAAAAAGGGAUUUGAAUAAGCACAUGAGGACUCACACAGGUGAGAAGCCGUAUGGUUGUAACACAUGUGGUAAGACCUUCAUUGAAAGUACUUAUUUAACAAGGCACAUGAGGACGCAUUCCGGUGAGAAGCCAUAUGUUUGUGACACAUGUGGUAAAACCUUCACUCAGAGUAAUCAUUUAUCAUACCACAUGAGUACUCACACAGGUGAGAAGCUGUUCUCUUGCAAGACAUGUGGGAAACAGUUCAGUCGGAAUAGUGUUUUGACUAAGCACAUGAUGACUCACACAGGCGAGAAGCCAUACUGUUGUGACACAUGUGGUAAAACCUUUACUCAAAGUAAAUAUUUGUUGAACCACAUGAGGACUCACACGGGUGAGAAGCCGUUCUCUUGCGAGACAUGUGGGAAAUGUUUUAGUCAAAAUAGUGCUUUGCCUCGGCACAUGAGAACUCACACAGGUGAGAAGCCGUACAGUUGUGACACAUGUGGUAAAACCUUCACUCUAGGUACUACUUUAACAAAGCACAUGAGGAGUCAUACAGGUGAAAAGCCAUUCUCUUGCAAGACAUGCGGAAAUCGUUUCAGUCAAAAUAGUGCUUUGACUAUCCACAUGAGGACUCACACAGGUGAGAAGCCGUACAGCUGUGACACAUGUGGUAAAACUUUCACUCAAGGUUCUGCUUUAACGAAGCACAUGAGGACUCACACAAGUGAGAUGUUGUCGUCCUGACAACUGAUCACUUAUUUUCGGAGGUAAGUUGAAAGAGUAGAUCCUGGUUAAUGAGAAAACAUAUUCCUACAGAAUCCUAGCUCUUAAGAGAGCUUGUAAGUUGAGAUCUGUUAGGAGUAGGGAGAUUUUUCAUGCGAUUUUUUUCACAUAAAGUAUAUUCACAUAAUCACAGAUAUUGAUGAACCUGAGCAAUUUUACCAUUUUAUUGCAACAAUUACCAGCAUGCUAAAUGAAUGGAAGGAAAUAAAUAUAACUAUCAGCAUGUAAAUAUUGUGCAAGUGUGUCUGAGUUUAUAUACAACAAUAAGUACAUUUACAGUGGCAUGGUGGUGAGCUUUAUGUGUUCAUGAAGGGACCUUGGCACUGUACAACACUGUAUGGAUGAGAAUUUGUCCCAUAGCAGUGAAGGAAACACCUUGUGGAAAGCUGAGCUGAAAUCCACAAACAGCUCAUCAGACAAGUGCUUCAAGGUGGAUGGAGACAGCGUCUGAUUCAGUGACUAAGAGAAACAACAUCCAUCUCCUCAUUAUCUUUUGUGUAUGUUUUGACUCUAGUAUUAGUGUUAAAUAUGUUGGAAAAAUGGGUCAUAACAUAUUUUUAAUCCUUUGUGUGCUGCACAUAUGGCACGUCAUUUUUUAUUUUGACUGUUUUCUU